AUGAAUGAAGAGCUCUAUGCUCUUCAAUCUCAAGGUACUUGGACUCUUUUUCCCCCAGUUCCUCAUACUAUGCCAGUUGGCUCUAAAUGGGGUUUUCAGGUUAAAUAUAACUCGGAUGGCAGUGUUGGACGGUACAAGGUCCGGUUAGUAGCUAAAGGCUUUCUUCAACGACCUGGGUUUGGUCUUAUCAUUUAUCUCAUUAUGUAUGUUGAUGAUAUUAUUAUCACCGGCAACAAUUCUCACCAUGUGGAGGACUUUGUCACUAGACUUGGUCGACGCUUUUCCAUUAAAGAUCUUGGUGGUUUAAAUUUCUUCUUGGGUGUUGAGGUUGUUCGUACACCCACUGGGUUGUUCUUGACUCAGCAGAAAUAUAUUUAUGAGAUUGUUGAGCAGACUAAUAUGAAUGACGCCAAACCAAUGCGCACGCCUACUGCUAGUGGUUCAUGUCCGCGGUUGGAUAACGGAAGCCCACUUAAUGAUCCCAAAGAAUAUCAAAACAUUGUUGGCAGCCUUCAAUAUCUUCUGUUAACACGGCCAGAUGUUGCAUUCAUUGUCAAUAAGCUCUCCCAAUUUACAAGUUCACCCACAACAGCACAUUGGGCAUUGGUCAAACGUGUCCUUCGCUAUCUAGCUGGGACAUCUGAUCUUGGGAUUUAUCUUCGCAAAAGUAAUCGUGAUGAUAGAUCAUCUACAACAGCCUAUAUUGUCUUUUUGGGGUGUAAUCCAGUAUCCUGGAGCUCUAAGAAACAGCGUGCGGUAGCUCGCUCAUCCACUGAGGCCAUUGCUUCCGCUACUGCAGAUCUUUGCUGGGUCAAGAACUUAUUGCAAGAGCUAUCUGUUACCCUUCACCAACCACCAGUUAUAUAUUGUGAUAAUCUUGGAGCCACAUAUGUGUGUGCAAAUCCUGAUUUCCACUCACGGAUGAAACACAUUGAAAUUGAUUAUCAUUUUGUGCGUAGUUUGGUUCAGCGAGGACUGCUACGUGUCUCUCAUGUCUCUUCCAAGGAGCAACUCGCAGAUCUGUUGACUAAACCUCUGUCUAACCAAGACUUUGAGCGUCUAAGGUCCAAGAUUGGCAUCUCAUCCCGAGCUACCAUCUUGCGGGGGCAUAUUAGUGAUACUCUGAUUGAUCAUAUCUCAGUGAUACACUCUGAUUGA